CGUUCGACAUUGAAAGCUAUUUUCUGCACUUUGACCCAAGCUGUGCUUCUUUCUCCCAGGAAUAAACCUGUUUGUUUACCGGGAACUGUGAUAAAAGGCGAUUAGGUCUCAACUGUGAGAGUAAAGCUUCACAUAAUGGAAACAGUGAAAGGCAUGACGGAGAAGAAAGGAACAAACGAUGUCCUACUCCAGAUUUCGAUCCCCGAAGAAACCGAUGGACAAAGUAAAUCUUAUUCCGCGUCAAAUAAUAAUACCCAAGUUGGAUCUUCCCCAAAAGGGAAUGUCAAUGACCAAACGCUUGAGCUUUUAAGCUCAACUUCUCCCGGCACACCAGCUAUGACUCCAAGGACUCCAGGUAAGCCGCCCAAGAUCCCAACUCAGCCCAUAUCACGACAAAAUUCGCUUUCCUCCUCUUCAAUGCCAAAGCCCAAAUCAAGAUUUUCUGAGCCAGUACAGGCAAAAAAGUCCAGCUCACCUGCUCCCGGUUCGCCGGUGAACAGGACUGAUUCCGUUUCAAAAGAUUCGACGGGUGAAGAGGAGGAGGAAGAUGACGACGAGGUUUACAAGACUGCGGUUCUUGAGGUGAGUAAAAAGAAGACACGUAAGAGGCGGAGAGUGAGUGUGUUACUUGAAUGGACUGUAUUCUUAGGUCUGAUUGGAAUUUUGGUUGCGAGUUUAACUGUUGACAAAUUGGAAAACACCUCCAUCUGGAGUCUACCAUUAUGGAGAUGGUGUAUUUUACUGGAGGUGAUAGUUUGUGGGCAAUUGGUAACUGAGUGGUUUGUGAAAAUUCUGGUUUUCUCCAUUGAAAGAAACUUCAUGCUUAGAAAGAAGGUUCUAUAUUUUGUUUAUGGGGUGAAAAAGAGUUUCCGAGUUUUUCUUUGGUUUGGUCUUAUUCUCUUAGCUUGGGGAUUGCUGUUUAACCAUGGAGUAGCCAGAUCAAGGCGAACAAAACGUAUUCUAAGUUAUAUUACAAGGGCUCUUGCUGCUUUCCUUAUUGGGGCGGCUCUAUGGCUGCUUAAAUCUCUUUUGGUAAAGACACUGGCUGCUUCCUUUCACGUUACUAGAUUCUUCGAUCGGAUUCAAGAUUCGAUUUUCCAUCAAUAUGUUGUUCAGACUCUUUCAGGACCUCCAUUGAUGCAGAUGGGACCACAACUUGGGAGAACAAAUAGUCAAUUAAGUUUCAGGAACGACAAGACAAAAAAACAGGAAAUGGUUGAUGUAGAAAAGCUCAACAAAUCAAAUCAACAAAAAAUUUCUGCUUGGGAUAUGAAAGGCUUGGUUGAUAUCGUAAGUGGUUCAGGGCUGUAUACUUUAUCACACUCUCUGGACUCUGUUCAUGCUGAGGAGGAAGACCAAAAGGACGAGAAAAUUAACAGCGAGCGGGAAGCUAAGGCAGCUGCUUACCGGAUUUUCAGAAAUGUGGCUAAGCCUGACAGCAGGUACAUCGAAGAGGAUGAUCUUUUACUGUUCAUGGAAAAGGAAAAAGUGGACCGUGUGUUUCAAUUAUUUGAAGGUGCAGAAGAAUCUAAAAAGAUAAAGAGAAAGGCUUUGAAGAAUUGGCUGGUGAAUGUUUAUCUUGAUCGCAAAUCGUUGGCAUUUUCUUUGAGUGAUAGCAAAACAGCCAUAGAGGAGCUAAACAGGCUUGGUAUAGUGGUUGUGAUUGUUGUGAGUAUUAUUGCAACGUUAUUCCUAAUGGGACUUUUGACAACUGGAGUCCUCCUUUUCAUCUCCUCACAGCUUUUACUCAUAGCAUUCAUGUUUGGCAACAUGGCCAAAACUAUGUUUGAGGCCAUCAUAUUUGUAUUUGUGAUGCAUCCAUUUGACGUAGGUGAUCGUUGUGUCAUUGAUGGAGUACAGAUGGUUGUUGAAGAGGUGAACAUUCUGACAACGGUGUUUUUAAGAUUCGACAAUGAGAAAAUAUUCUAUCCAAAUGCAGUUCUAGCUACCAAACCGAUCAGCAACUUUUACAGGAGUCCAGAAAUGUGUGAUGCUGUGGAGUUUUCUGUUCAUAUUUCCACCUCAAUGGAUCAAAUUGGAGAGCUGAAAGAUAGAUUAAAAUCGUACAUAGAAGGCAAACCUGAGUACUGGCGUCCUGGCCAUCUUGUGAUAGUUAAGGAGAUUGAGAAUGUGAAUAAGAUGAAAAUGGCUGUCUUUUUUACUCAUACCAUAAACUUUCAGAAUUAUGGAGAUAAGAUUAGCAGGAGAUCUGAGUUGGUCUUGCAACUAAAGAAUAUUUUUGAAGAUCUCAAUAUUAUGUAUCAGCUUCUGCCCCAGAAAGUUGACCUCAGUUAUGUCGGGCCACCAUCUCCAGCAUUUCCACCUCAUUGAUCGUAUUCUUCUGACUGCAAGCUUCUUCUUCUCCUCACAUCUUGCAAAUAGACAUAGGAGAUAAUAAGGAAAUUUCAGUAGCUUGAGCUGGGAGUAUAGUUUCAAAUUUUAAAUGAUUCAAGAUCAAUUUCAAAAAUAAGAAGAAGAAGAGGUAGCUUGAUCACUUCUGGUUUGCUGGCCUCUCGAUGAGCUGAGUUCAACUCAAGUUUUUUAUUUUUUAUUUUUUCUUUUUGAGUGAAUGUGUUAUCGU